ACGACAGAAACUUUGUGCCUGUGCGUCUUCAUCCAUCUUCAGUCCCUUCUUCUCGUUUCUUAAUUAAUUAACUAAUAAUAAUUAACUAGCAUUAAUAUGAUCUGCUGUUUGUCUUGCGCAGGGUUACACAAGAAACUAAGAUAUGGCUGUAGAAUCUGUGCUUACUUUUGCGACCGAGGGAAUACUGACGAAGCUGACUUCCCUUGCCGCUCAAGAAAUCAGUCUUGCCUGGGGAUUCAAAGCUGAACUAAACAAGCUUCACAAAACACUGUCCACCAUUGAAGGUUACUUAGCCGACGUUGCCCAGGGGCCACAAGGUCGGAGCAAGUCCGUAGAAGAUUGGGUGGCGAAGCUUAAACGUCUAGCUCAAGAUGCAGAUGAUGUCUUGGAUGAAUUCAACUAUGAACUUCUCCGGCGCAAAUUAGAAAUCCGAAAUCAUAUGAAGAAAAAGGUACUCAACUUCUUUUCACUCUCCAAUCCGGUUGCAUUCCGCCUUAAAAUUGCACAUAAAAUUCAGAAGAUCAAUGCAUCCUUGGUGAAUCUCAAGAGUGAGGCUCCUAUCAUUGGACUAGUUUCCAAGAAAACAGAUGCAGCCCCUCGAGGAAUUAGAGGACGGAUACAAACCGACUCACUCCCUGAAAAAGAUGGAAUCAUUGUUGGAAGGGAGGAGGUCGUGUCAGAUCUAGUCACAACUUUGACCAACUCCAACAAUAAUCAAGAAAAUCUAUCUGUUAUGGCCAUUGUGGGAAUGGCAGGGCUGGGAAAGACAACUUUGGCCAAGUCAGUGUACAACGAUAAUUCAGUAAUAAACUAUUUUUCAAAAAGGAUAUGGGUGUGUGUAUCUGAUCCUUUUAACAUCAAUAUGAUUUUGAUCUGCAUGUUAGAAUCUCUUAACCCAUCAAAAGCCACUGUAAGAGAAAAUCAAGAUGCACUGCUUAAAUACCUUGAAGAAGAGUUGAGAGAGAAGAGAUACUUGCUGGUACUUGAUGAUGUUUGGAAUGAAGAUUCGGAGAAAUGGGAAAGUUUGAUGAGCUAUUUGUCAUAGUUGAAUUCUGCUCCAGGAAGCAAAAUUAUUGUCACUACCCGCAGUGGCAUAGUUGCAUCACUCACAGAAACACUUCCGCGGCCUGAAUUGGAAAUUCUAUCAACGGAUGAAUGCUGGUCCAUAUUGAAACAUGCAGCUUGCUCAGAUGGUAAUUCUGAUAUACCUCUUGGUUUAGAGAGAAUUGGACGGGAAAUUGCUAAAAAUUGUGAAGGUCUACCAUUGAUGGCAAAGGUUUUGGGAGGUAUUUUGUGCUCUAAAAAGACUCCUACUGAAUGGUCUGAAGUCAAAGACAACAGAAUAUGGGACUUACCAAAGACAGAAGAUAGAAUCAUGUCAGUCUUGAAGUUGAGUUUCGAUAAUUUGGAAUCACCAGCACUGAAGCAAUGUUUUUCAUAUUGCUUAGCGUUCAUCAAAGAUGACGUGAUGGAACAAGAUGAUUUGAUUCAACUUUGGAUGGCUCAAGGAUUCCUCCAUCCUUCUCCUGAAAAAAAUAAUCUAGAGAUGGAGGAUAUAGGUAAUGAAUAUUUUGAUAUUCUAUUCCAAAGCUCCUUAUUUCAAAAUGCUACAGUGGAUGAUGAUGGCAUUGUUACUGAAUGCAAGAUGCACGAUCUAGUGCACGAUCUUGCAGAACAUGUAUCCGAAACUGAAAGCAUGAUGCGAGACUUCCACAAGAAUGAAGAUGUUGCAACUCCCAUUAUAGAAAGAAUUCCAGAAGGAAGUAGUGGGAAAUUGAGAUCACUGUUUUCGAAUGCUGAAGCACUACUUGGAAACAUGUUGCCAUGGUUUAAAGCUUUACGUGUCUUGAAAUUAUGUGGGGCAUGUAUUGAGGAGCUUCCAAGUUCAAUCGGAAAGCUGAAACACUUGAGAUAUCUUAACAUUUCCUUUACAAAAAUCAAGAGACUUCCAAAUUCUGUUGGCAAGCUAUAUAACCUACAGACAUUAAGAGCAACAAACUGCGACCUUCAAGAAUUUCCAAAAGACGUGCAAAACUUGAUCAACUUGAGACAUGUUUAUUGUGAUGAGGGAGUGAAAUUUCCAGCUGGAGUAUUAGGGAGAUUAACGCUCCUCCGAACAUUACCUUAUGAGGUGAUGGGUAGGGAAAUUAAGGAGCUGGCUGCCUUGAAUCAAUUGAAGGGUAAAUUGAUUAUUUGUAAUUUGGAAGACGUAAGGAAUGGAGAUGAGGCAAGUAAAGCUAAAUUAGAGGAGAAAAAAAACGUACGCCGCUUGUUAUUUGAAUGGUCAGAAAAUAGGUCAAUAACCAACAAUAAUAAUGAUGAGGAUGUACUAGAAGGCCUCCACCCGCAUUCUGAGUUGCAAAGGCUAGAGAUUCAAUAUUUCAUGGGUACUAAAUUUCCAUCAUGGAUGAUUAAGCUUGACAAUUUAAAGCAUAUUGAGCUUAAGGGUUGCAAUAGAUGUGAAAAAGUCCCAACACUCGUCCAUCUACCUCAUCUUACAGUUGUUUGGAUUCAAGGAUGUAGUGGUCUACAAUCUAUUCCAGAUUUAAACCUCUUCACAUCCCUCCGUGACUUGAGCAUUGAAUCUUGUGAUAGAUUAGAAAGUUUGGUGAGCAGUGGGCCCGUCAAUGUUGUGGAGUUGCUGAGUAUAACAGGUUGUAAUGGUCUACAAUCUAUUCCAAAUUUAAACCUCUUCACAUCCCUCCGUAAAUUCAACAUUGAAUCUUGUGAGAGAUUAGAAAGUUUGGUGAGCAGUGGGCCCGUCAAUGUUGUAGAGGUGCUGAAUAUAACAGGUUGUAGUGGUCUACAAUCUAUUCCAGAUUUAAACCUCUUCACAUUCGUCCGUAUAUUCAACAUUGAAUCUUGUGAUAGAUUAGAAAGUUUGGUGAGCAGUGGGCCCAUCAAUGUGGAGUUGCUGAAUAUAACAGGUUGUAGCGGUCUACAAUCUAUUCCAGAUUUAAACCUCUUCACAUCCGCCCGUAUAUUCAAUAUUGAAUCUUGUGAUAGAUUAGAAAGUUUGGUGAGCAGUGGGCCCAUCAAUGUGAAGUUGCUGAAUAUAAAAGGUUGUAGUGGUCUACAAUCUAUUCCAGAUUUAAACCUCUUCACAUCCCCCACAAUGGCCACAAUCUCUCUUGUUGAGUUGGAAAUAAGAAAUGCCCCUAAUUUAGAGAGUCUUCCAAGUUUAGAUAUCCUCACAUCUCUCUCUGAGUUGGAAAUAAGAAAUGCCCCCAAUUUAGAGAGUCUUCCAAGUUUAGACAACCUCACAUCUCUCUCUAAGUUGGUGAUUGUUAAUUGUGGGAAAUUAAAAUAUCUGUCCACAGGGCUACACUGCUGCUCCAGCUUGAAGACAUUGGAACUUGGUGCGUUCUGGGAGGAGCUCGAUUCCUUUCCUGAUUUCCAUCUUGGAUCAUCACAACUUAAAAUGUUAGAGUUGACCGGGCGGCCCAAGCUCAAGUCUCUGCCUCAACAAAUUCAAGACUUCACUUCUCUAACAUAUUUGAAAAUACAUAAAUUCGAUGGAGUGGAGGCUCUUGAGGAUUGGCUGGGUAACCUUACAUCCCUUGAGAAUCUAGAUAUUUGGAGUUGCAAGAAUCUCAAGUGUCUACCCAGUGUCGAAGCUAUGCAACGCCUCACCGAAUUACGACGGCUACAAAUUUGGCAAUGCCCCCUUCUGAAGGAAAGAUGCACCAAGGACAGCGGCCCAGAGUGGCCCAAGAUUUCUCACAUUCCAGAUAUCCGCAUUGUGUGACCAGACAGCAGACAGAUUGACUCUAUGCGUACAAUGAAUUCGUAAUAGCUCCAACUUUGACAGUGAAGAAAUGUACCCUUUCAUUACAAGGCAAUGCUUCUCGGUAUUUGUGGAUUCUUUAUCACCACUUGUUUAGAGGGCCUGAGGGGGUGGGUAGAGAGAGAUUGAUAUGGGGCGGAUUUUAUUUGCAUCAUAACAACUUAAUUGAAACAUAACAAAUAAGAAAGAAAUGAAGGAAUGCCCUCUCUGUUGUACCAUGUAGUUUAUGCAAACAUGCAGGACUCUUCAGAUUUUGAACCUACAUUUUUUUGUAUAUUCAUCAUCUCCAAGGACAAAAAAUGAAGUGGAGUGGAGUUCAUUGUUUCUUUGAAUGCUGUGAUAACCGGUGACAAAUAUUUACGUCUUAAGCAUCAGUUUCAGUACCAAUAAUAUUCUGACAUACUCUGUUUUCUCUAAUGCCGAGAUGCGUGCAUAACUUUUGUUGGUUGGCAUGUCAACCCUUUUAUUGUCUGUAAUUGAUAUAACCUUCAAGUAAUUUGAAACAUACUGGAUUUAAUGUGGGAUCAUGGUCAUUUUCUCGAUUAGUAGUGUGGGAUUUAAUGUGAAAAUUGAAAGUGUUGAACCGUUGUCAUUUUUCAUGUUCAAUGAGAGCAGAGAGGCCCCCUCUCCUGUUCCUAGAGUAUUUAUCAAGUCUUUCUUAAUGGACUGUCGAGUACCUGCAGUAUCAUAGGAAUCAGAGUUGGGAUUCAGGUAGAAACUCAUGCCUGCAUUGUGCCACACGCCUUCAUGUUUCUGUCUCAACAAAUCUUGCUUUGAAUCCUGUGUGGCCCCGAAUCUAGUACUUUUCAACUGUUGAGGGGAAAUGUACUAACUUUCAAAGGCAAAUUGGAAAACAAACAUUUAAGGGGAAGAACCUACCUUUCGUCCUGGGCUGGAAUCUUGCAACUUUGUUUUGCUAUCUCGAACCCCUAGUGGAAAAAUCUGUUCUAUCAUGAAAUAUGCUACAAACUGUCAAGUUCCUUUCUCUAUGGAUUGGAGGGUUUACCAGAGAAGUUGACGGACCUACCUUUCAUGUAUUGAAAAACUGUGUAUUUGUAUUGGUAGUUAUGGAUAUCUGAAGUAUCUAGCUUCACAUUGGAAACUGUAGAACACCUCAACAAGAAGAGACGCCCGAGUAGCCCAAGAUUUCUCAUAUUCCAAGGGUCAAUUGGUCAGCUUUCCGUCUUAUAUAUCGACACGCUAAUGACAUUGGUUGGUUUUGAGAACAGAAGGGGAAAGAAAGAUGAACCAGAGUCCUUAUUAGCAGAUGAUACUCCGCAAUCCUCAUGUCGUUUUCCAACAGUAUGAUUAAGCUCCUUGGUCGGAUCGAGGGCUGAACUUGGUUGACUUCUGUUCUGGCCUCUCCGUCAACCUCUGCCUCGUGCUGGUGGAGUUCUUUGUGAACCGUUUUUCCUAUUUGAUAGUUGAACAUCAGGGUAUCAUGUUAGUCAACUUUCUGGAAUGCACCUUUCUUGUUCGGAUAGGUGGAAAAUUCAAAACCCAAUGCAGCGCUCUAUCUGGAGAGGCAAAUAUUGAAGGGUGACAAGGUGAAUAAGAGAAGACAAAACAGAUUCUUUGGAUCAUCCUAUACAGCUGGGGCUUUGGCAAAUCUAUGACUAAGAAAAGGGCCUGAGGAGGUGAGUACUAGAGAGAUAUUGAUAUAGAGCAGAUUUUAUUUGCAUCGUAACAACUUAAUUGAAACAGAACAAAGAAGAAGGAAAUGAAGGAAUGCCCGUGUAGUUGAUGCAAACAUGCAGGACUUUUCAGAUUUUGUUCCUACAUUUUUUAGCAUAUUCUUUGAGUGCUGUGAUAACCGGUGACAAAUAUUAGCGUCUUAAGCAUCAGUUUCAGUACCAAUAUUGUUAUGACAUACCCUGUUCUCUAAUGCCGGGAUGUGUGUAUAACUUUUGUUGGUUUGGCAUGUCAACCCAUUUCUUGUCUGUAAUUGAUAUAACCUUCAAGCAAUUUGAAACAUACUGGAUUUAAUGUGGGAUCAUGGAGAUUUUCUCUAUUAGUAGUGUGGGAUUUAAUUUGAA